AUGAAAACCCUUAAUCUUAUAGAGCAGAACCAGCAGCAAGCCAGGCAGAUCCUCAUUCAGAACCCGCUUCUCACCAAAGCUCUUUUCCAGGCACAGAUUAUGCUUGGAAUGGUGCGCCCACCUCAAGUGAUUCCCAGCAUUCAGCCAUCAGCAUCACAGCAUUCCCAGCAGUCUACACAACCAACUCAGCAAUCAAACAUUCAGUCUGCUUCCGUGUCGCCUGGUCAAGUUGGUUUGCAGGACCAAACAGGGUCAUCUCAGAUCCAAGCUCCUCCGAGAAAGCAAUAUCAAAACCAAUCUGCAAUGCCUAGCUCAUCAGCUGCUGCUCCAUCAAUAAAUCUUCAGUCUCAGCCUAUGCCAUCACACCCUCUGCAGACCCCACAGCAGCCUAAGGGACAUCUGAGCCAUCAAAUGACCCCGACAUCGCUUCCACAGUCCUCUCAACUUCCAAAUAUACCCUCACAUCCUCUUCAUUCUUCUUCACAGCCACCUUCGCUUCAUCAAACCCAAAUGCCUACUGCUUCUGGCCAGUUGCAACAGUCAUUACAGACAUCAGGAGUUCUGCAUAUGCCAAUGCAACCACCAUUGCCACCACAACCAAGACCACCUUCAAUGCCUAACUUCCAUCACCAGUAUCCGUCACAAAUGGGGCCAAACAUGGGUUACCAACAUGCUAAUUCUCAACAUCUUCCACAAUCCAUGUUUCAUUCAGGUACAAAACCCCCUGCUAGUGCUGGGCCUUCAUUUCCCCAGGGACAGCCACCACUUCCAAGUCAACCACCACCUCAAUCUUUGUAUCAGGGUGGAGGUAUGCAUUUAGGUUCAGAGUUCAACAAUCAAGCUGGAUCUUCCAUGCAAGUGGAUAGAGGAUCAUGGAUGUCUGGCCCCCCGGAGAGUUCAAGUUCAGGACCGCCACAAUUGGUUCCUGGUCAAAUGGGCCCUGGAAGCCAGUCGACUCGCCCCCCACCUUUGACCCCUGAUAUGGAGAAGGCACUGCUUCAACAGGUCAUGAGCCUCACACCAGAACAAAUUAACCUCCUGCCUCCAGAGCAAAGGAAUCAAGUGCUACAGCUACAGCAGAUAUUGCGCCAAUAA